ACGUGCAGACGUCCUGGCGUACAGUGGUGGCGUUGAUUUUUUCCCCAGGCGCUGCUGAUUAUUCCAGGUCGACGCCGGAAAGCUCAUGUUUCAUCUGGCUCAGCCACAGAGCCAUGAAUAUUCGACAAUCACUGUUGCAAUUGAAUGAGUCGUCAUCAGACGAUGAUGACGAAAUUAGUUUCGCCGAGUAUCAUAUCUUUCAUCAGCCUUCACACAGUAAAAGAAAGCAUGAUGGGUCUAUCCCCGGACAUUUAGUUAAAUUUCGAGACAGACAAGCAGGACAUGCAAGAAUGUAUCAAGAUUACUUAGCGGAAAAUUCUACGUUUAGCUUAACUGAUUUCAGACGAAGGUAUAGAAUGAGUCGCGAUCUAUUUAAACGUAUAAUGGCUGCUGUAGAAGAUCAUGAUGACUACUUCAAAUUCAAGUUCAAUGCAGCCAGUACACCUGGAUUAAGUUGUUUCCAGAAAGUCACCGCAGUAUUUCGUAUGAUAACAUAUGGAGUAGCUGCGGAUGCUACAGAUGAGUAUGUUCGUAUCGGAGAAAGUACGGUUAUAGAGAGUCUGAAAAAGUUCGUGAAGGCAAUUAUUAAAGUGUUUGGGGAUGAAUAUUUGAGAGCACCUAAUGAAAUGGAUACAUCUCGGUUACUUGCAAUUGGACAAGAAAGAGGAUUUCCAGGAAUGCUUGGUUCUAUAGAUUGUAUGCAUUGGAGGUGGAAGAAUUGUCCUUCAUCAUGGCACGGCAUGUAUUCAUGCCAUUUACAUGAGCCUACAAUUAUAUUAGAGGUUGUUGCUUCACAAAAUCUAUGGAUUUGGCAUGCAUUUUUUGGUUUGCCUGGGUCGCACAAUGAUAUCAAUGUUCUUCACCGGUCACCACUGUUUUCAAAACUUGCUGAAGGCCAAGCUCCACAAGUUUACUACAACAUCAAUGGACAUGACUAUACCAUGGGUUACUAUUUAGCUGACGGCAUAUAUCCAUCGUGGGCAACCUUUGUGAAAACUAUACCAGAACCACAAGGGAAUAAGCGAAAAUAUUUUGCUAAAGCCCAAGAAGCUGUACGGAAGGAUGUCGAACGUGCAUUUGGAGUUUUACAAUCCCGUUUUGCUAUUGUUCGUGGACCGGCUCAUUUUUGGGAUCAGGAAACAUUAGGCGACAUAAUGAAAGCAUGUGUUAUUAUGCAUAACAUGAUUGUUGAAGACGAGGGUGAAGUCGACCCUGAUGAACGUUUUCAAGACGGUGGCGAUAAUGUGCAGCCUUCCCAUGAUCAACAUCCCGAUUUGGACGAAUUUAUAGAGACACAUCGAAAAAUCAGGGACAAAGAAACUCAUCAUCAGCUGCAACAGGACCUUGUCGAGCACCUUUGGCAACAUCAUUCAGAUCAGUAUUGACACAAGCACCUUUAUUCAGAACUAGCUCUCAUGUAAAUACAGAACUUGUAUUAUGUGAAGAUAAAGAACCACCUCAUUUAGAAACAUGGCGUUCGGUAAUUUGACUUU